AUGAUAGUUUCAACGUGUUCCAUGCUUCUUUUGCACUUUUGGUAUUUGCUAUUUUGUCAAACACUGUAUAAUCUACACCUUGAUGAAUUUGAGAUAGUGCCAAUUGAUCUCUCCUCUGUUGGACAGCAUCUGUUCCUUCUUGUAAACCCGGUUCAAUGGAAUUCUACAGCUAUGCCAGAACUCUCUCACACUUCACAAAUUCUCAAACACCAGGCGCUAGAUCAACCAGCUCUGAUACCAAAUGCCCUCUCAAAUUCAACCCUAACCGUAACUCCCUCACUCCUCUCUUCUCUUCUUCUCUCUUCCCCUCUCUCCACCUCCCACCUCCUCGCUUAUCCAGAUCGCAAAAACGCCGUCGUUUUCUUCCCCACUGGCCUCAACGAUGACAAAAUCGGGUUUUUCAUGCUCUCCGUCACAAACUCCAAGUUGCAAGUCCACCUUGACGGAAACGAUGACGUUUUCCGUGCCGAGUUGGGAUCCUCCUCUGCUCACCGUAUACUCAUAAUUUCGGUGAAUCCUGUUCUUGAACCUCCUCCCUAUUUGGGUAAUGAUUCUUCUUCUCCUGUUAUUGGGUAUUUGUUGGCUUGUACUCUUUAUUCUGUGCAUUGGUUCAUUGUGAAGCAUAGCUCUACUUUCAAUAGGCCUGUUGUGUUACAUGCCGGCGGUAAAGUUUUCAAGACAUGUUCUGUUGUUCAUGCUUGUUGGAGCCCUCAUAUAUUGGAACAGAGUGUGGUGUUGUUAGGAAGUGGUCAAUUGUUCUUGUUUGAUUUGGAGUCUUAUUGUCAUGGUUCAAGUACUGCUUUCAGGGGGACUAGGUUGAAAGUUUCGUGGAAUGAUUCGGGUUAUUGUAGUGAUAGUGUGUGGGUGAGCUGUGAAUUUAGCUGGCAUCCUCGGAUUUUGGUGGUUGCUCGUUCUGAUGCCGUUUUCUUAGUUGAUUUGAGAUCCAAGGAAUGUAAUGUGAGUUGCCUAAUGAAGAUUGAUAUGUUGCGUAUGUAUGCUCUAAGCGAAAACGAGCAGUUUCUUGCCUUGUCAAAGGCAGGUCCUAACCAUUUCUUCUGUGCAGUGGCUUCUAGCAGUCUUUUACUUCUCAUUGAUGCGAGGAAGCCUAUGAUGUCUGUGUUACAAUGGAUGCAUAAUAUUGAUGACCCUUGCUACAUAACUGUGCUAAGCUUGUCUACCUUGAGGUCCCACUCAAGGGAAGAUACUUUCAAGUUGGCUUCUGAGUAUGGAUAUUGCAUUAUACUGGGAUCAUUUUGGAAUUGUGACUUUAGUCUCUUCUGCUAUGGACCUGAAUUGCCAUUCCAAAAAGGAUAUCUUGCUUCGAAACUUUCAAAGAUUAACAAAUCCUUCUGUGCUUGGGAGCUUCCGUCUGAGAUCGAUUUAUCUGGCUGCAAGUGUCAUUGUGGAGAUUGUCUCUUAAGGGAAGAGCUGUCAAAGGAUGCUCUUCCUGAAUGGAUUGAUUGCCAGCUGAAGAAAGAGAUUGUCUUGGGUUUUGGAAUUUUAAGCAAUGACCUGGCUGCCUUACUUUGUGAACCAGAUGAAAAUGGUGGAUUUACACUGAUAAGGCUAUUGUCAUCAGGAAAGUUUGAAUUGCAAAGAUAUCAUUCUUCUCCGGUUCCAGCUAGGAACUUAGAUUACUGCCAGAAACAAGAAUUAUAUUUGGACAAACACUUGCAUCCCUUAAGCGAGGAGGAAUACAAAUUUCCAAAAAGAUUUCAUUACCUAAAAUUGGCCUACUUUCAGGCAUAUGUAAGCGAUAGUCUUACUAAAUCACUACAUAGGAAACUAGAAAAGAUUCAUAUGCAAACUCGAUGGAAGGAAUCUUCUGCUACUGAAGUGCAUGAGUUUUUAUGCGAGAAAUUAAAUGCCUAUGGGUUUGGUCGGUUAAGAUUGUCUGCUGCAAUUAUUGCUGUCUUUAAAGAUAUAAAAUUACCCACAAGCGUUCAUGAAGUUGCUUUGAAGAGACUUUGGGCUGACUUGCCGAUGGAGAUAUUGCAAUUGGCAUUUUUGAAUUAUUCUGAAUGUCCGCAACUUGUAAACAAGCAUAAGAUAGCGCUAGAUUUUUUAGCUUUACCUGACCUUCCUCAGUUGCCUCCAUUCUUCUUACGGAAAUCUUCAUGCCACAGCAACGAUGACAUUGUGGGUCCAGUUAGGCCAUUUCCUUUUCUACUUGUGCUAAAUGAAUUUUACAAUGGUUGCUCAAGUUUGGAAGAUGAUGAGUUUUCAGUAGAAGCGGAGCUUGGACUUAAGUACAAUGAAGUAAUGAAGGUGGCAAGUGACAUCACUGUUUCAACACAUGGCUCUAUGGACCUCAAUGAUGAUGCAGUAUCUCUUUCUCAUGAUCAAGAGGAAGCUUGGGAUGGUUCCUUGAAACGAAAAUCUUUUUUGUCAUAUCGGCCAAUUGCAUUCAAUUGCUCCACUAAAGAUUUUGUUACGGAGAACUCUGUUUAUAGUGAUGGAAUUUAUGAUACAUUUAUGUUCCAUGUCCGGAAGCCUGGGGAGCAGACAAAACUUCAUGAAGGCGAGGUAUUUGAUGAUCAUUGCCCUGUUGAGUUGAGGCUUAAUGCUUCAUUGGAAAACUCGGAACCUCAAGGUUUAGAGGCAUGUAAUCUACUAAAGAAACAUAUGUCAAAAUGGGAACAACAUUUUGAUUUGUAUAAGGAGUUUUGUAUUAAUCUAGAUUUGAAGUGAUAGCUAAUAGGUGGUCCUUCAUUUUUUAAUACAAACACUAUUUUAUUUUUAAUUAA